AUGCGGCGGGGCCGGAGCAGGGCUGACACCGCCUCCCCUCGGGGCCCGCCGCAACCCGGGGCGGGGGACACCAUCCGCCAAGCGCCACAUCGCCACGGCCCCUUCCCUCCGCAGAGCACCGGCCGGCCGUGCCCGGAGCCGGAGUUCGCCGGGGGCCCGGGCUGCGCCUGCCCCUGGUCCGCCCCCGCCGGGGUUUCCAAGGAGACUUGGGCUGCCGUCUGCGCCGCGGAGCCGCCGCAGCACGGCCAGGGCCGGCGGGAGGCCGGGCCGCCGGGCCAGUUCUGCAGCCCGCAGCUCGGUGCCCAGGACGCGGCGUGGCGGGGAGACCAGCUGUCCUCCCAGCUUUACAGAAACAAGCAGCUUCAAGAUACUUUGCUUCAGAAGGAAGAGGAACUUGCUAGGUUACAUGAAGAAAAUAAUAACCUCCGACAAUACCUGAAUUCUGCCCUGAUUAAGUGUUUAGAAGAAAAAGCCAAGAAACUGCUAUCCUGCCAUGGCCAAAAAACGUGUGCUAUUCUCAAAAGCACCAAGAGGAGAUUAAAAGAGGACCACUGCUUUGUUCCUCAAGAAACUCCUCAUGCUUCCAAAGCUAGAAGGAACCUCUUUAAUGAAUUCACUGCCUGUGAAGAGCAAGCCAGCCCUGCUGUGGACAGCUGGGUCUUGCAGACUUUAGGAUUAAAAGAUGUCAACACCAUUGAUGAAACUUCAGCUAACUACAGUGCCCUGUCCUCAGACCUUGGAAAAGACACAUACUGCCUGAGCCCUGGUGAAGCAAUAGACUAUGACCACAGUGAAGGAGCAGCUGCAGUGUAUAGCUGCAGCCACGUGCCUCCAGCUAACAGCAGUAUGCAUCCAUGCAGUGAGGACUCUCCCUUCCUUCCUCAGUUUUCUUCAGCACCAUGUGUCUCCUCAUCAGUACCAAGUGUUUCCUCCCUCCCAGCGUAUGGGUUGCCUUAUUUGACUGGUGAUUUGUCACCCAACAAAACAGAAGUGGCCUUCACAACAUCUCUAAGUCCUCACCGCAACGUGAGAACGCACACCUUCCACCAAGGACAAGCCUUCGUGCGCAGGGAUGAUGAUGGAGGAUGGAGAUUCACCUGGGUGCCCAAGCAGGCUGAAUAA